AUGGCUCCUCUCUUUCUCCCUCUCACUCUCUUGGUCACAUUGCUCCUUACCCGCAUCACUUCUUCGGCGCCUCUCGACGUCGUCGAAGAUGUAUCGAAGCGUGCUGAUGCUGUAUAUGCCAACUCUAUCUCGUCCUGUCCUGCAGUAGCUGCACGUUCGUCUCCUCCGACGAGCGUCCAUGAUCUUCGUCCUGAUGACUUUUCCUAUACGAUGGCUCUUGGCGACUCUAUCACCGCGAGUGCCUUUAGUCGUGGAAUCCAGAACAAUACUCUCCUUAGUUUCAGCGAAUGGCGUGGAGAGUCAUACGCUGCUGGAAUGGACGCUGGAGCUAUUACGAUCCCCAAUCUUAUCAAGAACUACAAGCCUUCGCUCACAGGAGGUAGUCUUGGCUCUAACCCUACGAUCGAACUGUGCUUUGGACCUCUCUGCCCCAUCGGUCCCUUUGGAUGGAACUCUCGGGUUGAUCAGCUUAAUGCAGCCCAAUCUGGCGCUUUGGCAACAAAUCUCUACCACGAGGUCAACGACUACCUCAUCCCACAAGUCAAGGCGCGCAAUAUCCCUGCGAGCGCAUACAAGUACCUCAACCUCCAGAUUGGCUCCAACGACAUUUGCUCCAUGUGCUUCCAAUCCGUCCUAGGAUUCGGACCAGCAUCGCCGGAUGACUUUGAGGCGAGCAUUCGCAAGACUCUCGAGGCCGUCCGAAAUGGAAUUCCCAACACCGUCGUCAAUGUCAUUGGGGUGUUUAAAGUCUCCGACGUGUACACGGUACGCCAAUCUCUCACUCAAGAUCAUCCCGUCAUCCCUAAUCCCUUACCAGAUGACGUUAAACCAACCAUACUGUUCUCAACUGCUCCUAUUCCACAUGCAAACAUUGAGUGCCCAUGCAUGCUUCUCGGUGGUUCAGUUGGGGACACCACUCGAGCCCUCAUGGACAAACUGAUGAACCAGUACAAUGAACGACUGGUCAAAAUCGUCAAAGAGUACCAACAAAAGCGCUACUCCAAUUUCGCCGUUCUCUGGCAACCACCCAACAUUCCUCUCGCUUCCUACCCUGUUCAAGCUCUUUCCAGCGUCGAUUGUUUCCACCCGUCCACCAAGACGCAUCGAUUUAUCGCCACGCAAGUCUGGAAUCGUCUUGUCGGAACUGCAGACGAGCGCGCGGCGACGUUUACGUGGAGCGAGGCGCUCUCUUUCCGAUGCCUGCAAGAGAGUGAUCGUAUCCGUACAGACACUCUCCUGUAG